AUGGCGUCACACACAGACAGCGCACAUGACUUGCUGGAUCUGGACAUCUCAACAUUACGGCAAUUCAUCGAGGUAUUCCCGAACGAGGGUCUAUCAAAAGUCAUCAUAGGCUGGCUCAGCAGUGGCAUAGCAAAAUACCCGCUCACUACAGAGAGCGAUUCAAAAGAAGGGCCGGACUUGAGUGAAGGCGGGGUAGCCCUUACCCAAGAUGUUCCAGUCUCACAGGAAGAUUGCCUGGUGUUGAUGACCGAAGGUCUUAGCGAAGCUCCAAAGUCUCCCCUAGCUCACUGCCUUCUCGGAGAUUAUUACCUGUUCCUUGAGGAGUAUGAGAGUGCAGUCGAGACUACCAGAAAAGGUCUCAAGUACGCGGCUGCGGAGGCCAAAAAGACUGAUUUGUCGUUCCAAAAGACACGUGAUGCUCUGAGCAGCACUCUCGCCACUGCUUUGGUCUACUACCAAGCACCAAGAAACCACUUGGAAGCCAAAGGUAUUUUCGAAUCCAUUUUGAAACGCAAACCUCAGUUCACCUCCGCACUCAUUGGCAUUGGACUGGUCCUAGAAGAAGAGGAAGAAUACGAGAAGGCUUUCCAAUUUCUAGAGCAGGCAUUGCAACAAGAUCCCUCAAAUGGCCGCAUCGGUGCGGAGUCAGCCUGGUGUCAGGCUUUGGCUGGGGACUACAAGACUGGAUUGGAAAGGCUACAACAGUAUCUUGAUUAUCCCCAACUCGAUGCAACCAAGCAACGUGGCCGUGAGCUUCGAGCACAGACCCUCUAUAGGAUGGGUGUUUGUCUAUGGGAACUCGAUCACUCAAAAGCCGCGCGAAAAGAUCGACAAAGGACAUAUGCCAAGCUACUUGCAGCUAUCAAAGCAAAUCCAAAUUAUGCCCCUGCAUACACACUCCUCGGUAUAUUCUAUGAGGACUACAACAAAGACCGCAAGCGCGCCAGGCAGUGUUUCCAAAAGGCUUUUGAACUGUCACCUUCUGAGAUUGUGGCAGCCGAGCGAUUAGCCCGUCUUUUCGCCAACCAAGGAGAAUGGGACAUCGUUGAAGUUAUCGCUCAGCGAGUAGUGGACUCUGGCAAGGCCCGGCAAACACCUGGUUCGAAGCGAAAGGGCAUCAGUUGGCCAUACUCAGCUCUCGGCGUGGUCCAAAUGAACAAGCAAGAAUACCAAAAGAGCAUAGUAUCAUUUCUUUCAGCAUUGCGCAUCAAUCCAGACGACUACUACUCCUACGUCGGUCUUGGUGAGAGCUAUCAUAAUUCUGGACGAUACAACUCGGCCUCUCGUGCUUUCAACUAUGCCGAGAACCCCACAGAUGGCGUGGUAAUGAAGAGAUCAGACGAGGAGGGAUGGUUCACAAAGUACAUGUUGGCCAACGUCAAUCGCGAACUAAGCGAAUUUGACGAAGCCCUCGCUGGUUACGAAGCGGUACUCGCAGUACGACCGAAAGAGUUUGGCGUAUCCAUCGCAUUACUGCAGACACUUGUUGAAAAAGCAUGGCAUUGUGUCGAGACUGGUUUCUUUGGAGAGGCUGCCGACAGUGUAACUCGAGGUAUCGAAGUUGCCGACACCAUUACAGAAUACAAGCCUGACGCCUUCAACCUGUGGAAGGCAGUCGGUGAUGCUUGCAGUAUAUUUAGCUGGGUUCAAGACAAGCUUGAUCAAUGUCCAUUCGAGCUGGUUGUCAAGGUUCUGCAAAGCAAGUCAGACAUGGACCUUGACUUCGAUGCGCACAAAGACAUUGAUGGGCUUGGUCAGGCAGAGCUGGCUUCACUUUCCACGAACAGGGAUUCGAUCCUGACAAAAGUCCUCAAGGCUGCGAUUCUGGCUCAAAAGAGAGCAAUCGUAAGCUGUGCACACGACAUACACGCACAGGCAGUAGCUUGGUACAAUCUUGGCUGGACCGAGUACAGAGCUCACGUUUGCCUAGAGCAAGAAUCUGGCGAGGACACUAAACUAACGACAUAUCUUCGAGCAGCUAUGAAGUGCUUCAAGCGUGCGAUUGAGCUUGAGGCUGGUAACUCUGAGUUCUGGAACUCGCUUGGUGUAAUUACGACAACAUUAAGCCCAAAGGUCGCUCAACAUGCUUUCGUCCGGUCGUUGCAUCUAAACGAGCGAAGUGUGCACACCUGGACUAACCUCGGGGCGCUCUAUCUGCUCCAGAAUGAUACCGAGCUCGCUCAUGCAGCCUUCUCGAGGGCACAGUCGCAAGACCCCGAUUACUCUCUAGCAUGGGUAGGCGAGGGCAUCAUUGCACUACUUACUGGCGAUUCCAACGAAGCGCUAUCCCACUUUACUCACGCGUUUGAACUCUCAGAGUCGUCGCUACUCCUCACCAAGCGACAGUAUGCGGUUUCAGCGUUUGACUUCCUAGUUUCUUCCCCGUCGACUUCAAGUGAUAUCACAAGCCUCAUACAGCCGCUCUUUGCGCUCCAACAAUUAAGUAUACAAGCGCCAUAUGAUAUCCCGCACAAACAUCUUGCGGCGUUGUUCUUGGAGCGUGUAGGCAAUUAUGAUGCGGCUGUGACUGCUUUGGAUAUGGUCAAUGAGACCGUCGAGCAGGAAUACGAGAAGACUGAGUCGAUGAAGUCACUGGCUCGGGUGGCCCAAGCCAAGACGGAUUUGGCCCGCAACCUUCUCGCCACUGGAUCCGACGAAAUGGCAGUAGAAGAUGCCGAAACUGCUCUCGAUCUUCUCUCAGAGAUUCAAGGCGAUUCCAAACAGACUGCUCUGUCUAAAGACCAGAUUGCAAAGACCAAACUAUCCGCCCGUCUCACAGCUGGUCUCGCACAUUACUUCUACGGCUCCUUUGACGCAGCGAUAGCAUAUUUCCGCAGAGCCCUAGAAACAACUGGUGCAAAUCCUGACAUUAUUUGUAUCUUGGCCGAGGUUCUCUGGGCCAAAGGCGGUAAAAAUGAGAAGCAAGUAGCUCGUGAUCAGCUCUUCGCUGCCAUUGAGAAACAUGACGGUCAUGUGGGUUUACUGACCCUCAUUGGCGCCAUGACAGUUCUCGACGAUGAUCUCGAAACCAUGGAAGCUAUCAAGGACGACCUCAAUCGCAUGCGCACAAACAAGGAUCUCAGUGACCACCAGCUGGCGCGGGUAGAAAAGGUCAUGGAAGCUAUAUCCAUCAGUCUCGGUGGCGAGGAGCAAGAACUCGACGAGGCACGUCGAAGCGUCAUGCUAGCGCCUUUCAAGCAUACUGGUUGGGCGGAGCUCGCAGAUGCCACCGGCGGUAAUGAAUUCGCCAGUACACUUGCAAGAGAAACGGCAAUGCACAAUGCGCCUCCUAAAGGCUCGCUUGGUGCUGCUGGCUUGGCUGGUGCAAUGAAUAGUACUGGAGAUGUUGGAGAUGCCCAAAGGGCCAUAGUAUUGGCUCCGUGGUGUAAGGAUAACUGGGGUGGAUUGACUCAAUGCAUUCAGAGUGCUUAG